AUGGGCUUUGGGUGGGUUGUUAGAGACGCUGAAGGGGUGGUGGUUGGAGUGGCUAUGAGGUGUAUGGAGGGACUGUUUUCGGUGAAGGAGGCCGAGGCUAUGGGAGCUCGGGAGGCCCUUAGUUGGUUAAAGCGUCGUGGAUGGCGGCAUGUGAUUAUGGAAUCUGAUGCUCAGGUUGUCACUUUGGCGGUGCAGCAGCCUAGAAAUGCAACUCCGUUUGGUGGUUUGAUAAGUGAGAUUUGUGAACUCUUACAGCAGCUUGAGUCAGUUACUUUUGUUUAUGUUCAUCGUAGUUUAAAUAUGCCGGCUCAUGUGUUAGCAAAGGAGUCUUUUAAUUUCCCAAAUGCUCAUGUACCUCUACAAGCGAACAAAGAUUAA